CAAGCUUUAGCGGGUGUUGGUGAACUGAAGUUUCCCCAGGACAGUACAUGGUGUCCGCCCGCUGGAUGACACGCAUAGGACGUACUUUAGCGGUCCAGAGUUGCCCGCUAUUUUUAUAGAGGGAAAAGAAGCGGCUAUGUUCGGCUGGAGACGCUAAACCGAUGACAGGACCGUGAACCACAUCGGAAUAUUUCAUUCAUUUCAACGGUCACUCAUAGAAGGUUUCCCUAAUGGAGGUGGAAUGCCUGGCAUUGAAAGACCUCACAAGUCUGGAGAAAAGUUUCUCAAAGGAGCCGGAAGAAGACGGAGCUCACAGCGAACAAAAGGAAAAUGUCUGCCUGGAAAGGAGGAAACCAACAGACUCCAGCGUUCCAGUUUUCCUUGUGAACAGGAGGAGCUCCGCCUCCGAUUUUGCCCACGUCACUCCCAUCAAGUCAGCGCUCCUGGCCGAGCCGUGGUCGCCCACAGCCAACCUGAAGGUGCUCAUCAGCGCGGCCAGCCCAGACAUCAGAGACAGGGAGAUGAAGAAAGUGCUGUUCAGACCUAUAGAGAACGACAAAGACAAGGCGGAGGGCUCACAAGCUCCGCAGGAGGAUGUAGAAACAGAGGACUCUGCUCAGUGUGACGCGGCUUUUGAAGAGGAAGAUACGGAUAAGAAGCCGAGCAGGAAGGAGAAGAGCCUGGGUUUACUUUGCCAGAAGUUCCUGGCCCUUUACCCUGAUUACCCACCAGCUCACAGCACCAUUUGGAUCUCACUGGACGAGGUCGCAACUAAUCUGGGAGUGGAGCGUCGGCGUAUCUACGACAUCGUCAACGUGCUGGAGUCUCUGAGCAUCGUUGGCCGGAACGCCAAGAAUAGCUACACCUGGUACGGCCGCCAGCGGCUGGAUGCCACGCUGCAGGAGCUGCAGCGGAGGGGCCGGGAGCAGGGUUACCACCUGCAGAUGGAUCUGCAGGCUGAGGCCAGGAGGACCGAGCACAGCCGGGAGGAAGACGGAGGGGAGGGAGACUCAGGGAACGCUGGGGGAAACAGGAAGGAUAAAUCUCUGCGCAUCAUGAGCCAGAAGUUCGUCAUGCUUUUCCUGGUGUCCAAAACUCAAACCGUAACUUUGGACGCGGCAGCGAAGGUCCUCAUCGAGGAGUGCCGGGACUCCUCGAGCCACAGCAAAUACAAAACAAAGGUACGCCGCCUGUAUGACAUCGCCAACGUGCUGACCAGCCUGGAGCUCAUCAGGAAGGUUCAUGUGAAAGAAGAGAGAGCCAGGAAGCCGGCCUUCAAGUGGCUGGGCCCUGUGAAAUUCAGCAGCCCUGGAAGUUUAGGAAGUGCUUCAGAUGGCGUUAGAAUUGACGGCGCGGUGAACGAGGACUUCAGGAAAGCAAAGAUGGCGAGUCAUUCCUCCUUUAGAGUCACACCUACGACGGUUAGCGUGCAGCGGCAGGUUAGCUCUGCACCCAGCAGCCCGCGACACCACCUACCAGCAGGCAUCCAGAAUCAGCCUUUGGAUUACACAAGAAAGACCGUGAGCGACGGCCCGGUGUGUGGAAGCAGCAUGGACAGAUGUCUCAGCGUGCCGCUGUACACCCAUCUCCCUCCGAGCAGCAGCGGCCCCCUGCCCCACCUCACCCCCUCCCCGCACUGCCUGGCCUACCUGCCCAGCCUCUCCCAGCCGUCCGUCGUCAUGCUCUACAAGGCGCCAGCGCAGCAGGAAUAUUCACCUGGAGGUCAGAGGUCAGCCAGAUUGGCUUCAGAGGAAGAGGCGAAACAGAAAAGGGAGGAAAGUGAAUGGGAAGAGGAGGCGAUGGUGCUAAAGAAAAGGAAAUCCGGUGCAGAGGAGUCUGAAAAGAUUGGAGCUCAGUCAGAAAGAGAAGCAGCAGACUUUGCUGCAUCAUUAUGCCACGCUGUCCAGCAGGGGGCCAUAGAGAGCCACUCCCAGCCGUCACACUACCUCUAUGUCCCCAACAGUGCAGGUUUGAACAACUUUAACUUCCUCAUCCCGGCCGGACAGCCACCAGCCGGGAUGUCCCUCCCCCCCGGCGGCGUCCCAACCAUGGCCCUGCCCUACGUCCUGUUGCCAUCAGUCUCCCACUACCCCCUAAUCGCCGGCAGCGUACAGCAGCAGCAGCAAACCUCCGACAAUCUGAGCUUCACCAUGUCCACUAUGAUGUCACCAGCUGCCUUUAUGGUGGGGGCGGCGCCUCGCGGAGUAACAGAGGCAUCAGAAACACACCUCCUAUCACCAGUCGCCCCCGACCAGGGCAGGCCCCUCCUGUCAGCAGGGACACCUCGUUCUCCUUCAGGACCAAGAGAGAACGUCAGCGUUUACACACCAGAACCCUCAACGCCACAUACUCCUAAGGAAACCACAUCUUCCUCUUCCAAAGCCUUCUUCCAGACGCCGGGGACUCUGGGAAGUGUAGUUAGGACGGCGCCAGCUGCUCGCAAAAGAGGCUCCGCCCAGAGGAGACUGGACAUCGGCCACGCUGCUGCUCCCUGAUGAGAAGCAGAGUUAAAAUAAGGAGAUGAUCCUUAUUUUAAAAGAAAAAUGUUUGUUUUUAUUUUACCACCCUGAAGACGUUUCUGUUAGCAGAUCGAAUGUGCCUUGUUAAUCUCCACGACCAUUUCACCAUAAAUUCGUCAACCAGUGUUGCCAAUUUACCAGUGCCCUCUUGUGGUGAGAGCCGGUAGCUGCCAUAUAUAUAUUUUUUUUUUCUUUUUUAUUGAAAUUUUAGCCUUAAUUCUCCCUCCCAGAUGUGAUCGAGCUACCUAAUUCCUGUUAUUUUAUGUAUUAAAGCUCAAUUACUAUUUAUAUUUUAGCUAAUAUAUGUCAAUUACAGGAAAUGUGGUGGGACAUUUAGCUUUCUUGUAGCACUAAAACAUCAUUGUACAAAAAAAGUGAUCUUUCUGGUGCUCUUACUUGUUUUGUUACGUCAUGAAAGUGUGAUAGGAUAGUAGGAGAGAGGGUUAAAAAAAUCACUAAAGCCUUAAAAUGUUUACAACCCUUCAAGUAUCUGAACAGUCGGUUUUCCUCUUCAGGAGGAAGAUGUUACUUAUUUUAUGUCCAAGGCUGCAGGGUAAAACCACAGCACUGAUACUGAGGCGUCAAAUGAUGACGCUUUAAGGUACUUGAAUACUAGAAUGGAAUUAAAUCUAUUUAUAUCAGAGUACUGUAAAAGUUAUUUUUUUUUUUUUUCCCUGUGCUGGAUGGAAUCAGCUGAGAUGAGGAUGUCUUCUUUGCUCAGGUUGAUCUGGAGAACAUCCCGCUCUCAGAAAUCUGCUUUUUCCUGCCGGCUUACUGACCAGUAGCUUCAUGCAUAGUUUUUUUUUUUCAGUUUACAGGUUUACGUCACAUUCUAGAAAUCCUCGGUUGCCAUUUAAAAGUGUUCCUGUGUCUUGCUUCUCUCUGUAGACCCGCUCUUUCGUUCAUGAAUUUCAUUUGAAUAAAAUUCUUUUUUUUAA